CCCCAUGACUGUGCGAAAAGGAAAACGUCUAGGCAUCUCCAUUCAGGAGCACAUGGCCAUCGACGUCUGUCCGGGCCCCAUCCGCCCCAUCCGUCAAAUCUCUGCCUACUUCCCUCGCCUCUCGCCCACUUCCUCCUUCUCAGAGCCACUCUCGCCCAGUCAUCCGGGGGCUCCCACUGCACUCAGCCCUAGCAGCACAGGCCAAGGUGGAGGGCCCAUUGGGGGAGGAGGAGGGAGCAGCAGUCUAUUGACACCACUGUUACCAGGAGCAUCAGGUGGAGGGGGCUCACUGUCAGCUAUGAGCAGCAUGGAUACAUCCAUUGAGAUCGACAGCUGUGACAGUGAUGACAACACCUCCUUGGGGACGUUAGCGUUUGACCUACUGUACGAGAAAGCCACAAGCUCCUUACACUGCACAGUCCUGAGAGCAAAGGGUCUGAAGCCGAUGGAUUUCAACGGUUUGGCUGAUCCUUACGUCAAGCUGCACCUACUGCCAGGAGCCUGCAAGGCCAAUAAACUGAAAACCAAGACUGUUCGUAACACACUGAACCCUGUGUGGAAUGAGACGCUCACCUACUGUGGAAUCACUGAGGAAGACAUGUACCGCAAAACACUCCGGGUGUCUGUGUGUGACGAAGACAAGCUGACACAUAAUGAGUUCAUUGGAGAGUCGCGGGUGGCCCUGCGCCGUGUGAAGCCUGACCAGACCAAACACUUCAACAUCUGUCUGGAGCAUCCACCUCCUCUGCCUUCACCCACUGCGAUGAGCACAGCGCUGAGAGGAAUAUCCUGCUACCUGAGAGAGUGGGAGAGCGAGCAGCAGAGAAGUCUAGAGGAAAGAGGCCGUUUGCUGCUCUGUCUGGAGUAUCUCCCCCCGGCCGCUGAUGGUGUUACGAAGGGCGAGAGCAAGGAGAGGGCUCGUGGUGGGCUGUGCGUGGGCGUCAAAAGAUGUGCCCACCUGGCAGCAAUGGAUGUAAAUGGCUACUCCGACCCCUACGUUAAAACGUACCUCAAGCCAGACGUUCACAAGAAAUCCAAGCACAAAACAGCGGUCAUAAAAAAGACUCUGAACCCAGAGUUUAAUGAGGAGUUCUUCUAUGAAAUCUCCUUCUCAGAAUUAGCCACCAAGACGCUAGAGGUCACGGUGUGGGACUACGACCUGGGCAAGUCCAAUGACUUCAUUGGAGGUGUAUCUUUAGGGUGUCACUCACAGGGAGAGACUCUGCAGCACUGGAUAGACUGUCUGAAGAACAAAGGCAAGAAGGUGGAGCGCUGGCACACGCUGACCAAUGAGCUGCCUGGAUCCACGCUGCAGGAAUGA